AUGAUCAUGAAGCCCGUAUUGCAAUGGGGUGUCGGGUUCGCCUUGUUGUCACAGGCCUGCGCAUUCAAGAACGGCCACCACAUGCUCAAGAGACAGCUUUCCCCCGAUGACGAAUCCCCGCCAGAUGUUCCAGGAUACACCGCGACGAUCCCGGUAGACCAUUUCAAUACGACCGACACGCGGACAUUCGACAACCGCUACUUUGUCAAUGACACUUACUAUAAACCAGGUGGCCCUGUGAUCCUGUAUGACUGGGGAGAGGCUGGAAUCAGCAUGGACACCCUCGCAAUGUUGCUGGCAGAGUGGGAUGGCACCAUCAGUGCGCCGAUGGAGCUGGCAAAGGCUCUCGGUGGUGUUGUCAUUGCUUGGGAGCACCGGUACUACGGCGCCAGCAACCCGGUUCCGCUAAACAUUUCGGAGGGUGAAUUCACCAGCAGCCCUGUCGAAUACGAGGGUAUUCCCCUCGGCGGAUUAGACGACUACCAGUACCUCACGAUAGAGCAGGCCCUGGCGGACGUGGCCUACUUUGCAAAAGAGGUCUUCAACAAGACUAAGCUUGGAUCCGACAACACGGUUCUUGCCGGCACGGAUGCCACCCAGCAUCUUGACCCGUACCACACACCGUGGAUCUGGGUCGGGGGCAGCUAUCCGGGAAACCGCGCCGCCUGGGCUAGGAUUCGCAACCCGGAGGUUGUCUACGCUGCCUGGGCGUCUUCUGCCCCGGUCGAGACUGUCGCUGACGGCUCUGCGUACUUCAACUCCAUCUACCGCGCCCUCCCCAGGAACUGCACCUCUGAUAUUCAGGCCGUCGUCGACCAUAUCGACGAGGUUUUCGACUCCGGUGACGAGAGCAGCAUCCUAGACAUCAAAGUGGCAGUGUACCUGUCGACCCAGGGCGUCGACGGCGACGGGGAAUGGAUUCAGAGCAACGCGGCCGACCUCAGCAACACGAAUGUUGCCACCGGUCUCUUUACUCUGCUGAUGACCAUGGUCCAAAGCUUUGGCAUCACCAGUACCGUUCAGAGGUUCUGCGAUAGCAUGGAGGCGUUCAAUGUCGAUGCUUACCUUGGGAACGCCUCAGCCACAAGUACGGAUCCGGUUGAAAGGUUCAGCACUAACCUGUAUAAUAACGGGGACGGCACUCCCUCCGACUUAGGCAUUGCGGCGUCCAAUAGCGUCGAGAUCGGCCUUGCUGCUUACCUAUACGGACUCAACCAGUACCUCGACAUGUUCAUUUCGGAGAUGAUGGACAAACUUGGUUCCGAGGAGACCUCGGAGUAUGUAUUCGGCGACAUCCAUGCUUGGAAGUGGCAGGUCUUGACCGAGAUUGGCGGAGUCAUGGCUGUGAACGGUAGCUCGCCCCUGCGGCUUGGCAGCAAGCUCCUUAACUACACAUUCUACCAUGAGACAGACAUGACCGGCUACUUCCCUGGUUUCGCCCAGUCCGCCUUCCCAGACACGCCGAACACUACGUAUCCCAAUUCUCUAGGCGGAUGGAACAUGAAGCCGUCUAACGUGAUGUGGACGAAUGGCGAGUUCGACCCCUGGCGGGCUUUCAGCGUGAUGAGCCUGGAUCAGGACCUCGGAGCGCCGAAGCGGAAGAUAACGCAGGAUAUCCCAAAGUGCGGCGAAGCUCCCUCGGGAACAGAUAUAUUUGGCCUCUUGUUCGCCGGCGCCGUGCACGCAGAGGACAUAUCCUUCAGGCCUGGCGACUCGCCGCGGGGAUCUGAGGACGUUGCCAACCCGCCUGUGAAGCAAUCGGCGGAACUCUUCAUCAAGGCAUACCUUGAGUGGUUGCCGUGCUUCAAGGCAAGCAGGACAGGAGAGAAGGGCAGCGGACGUUGUGGAACCGGAAGUGGUAAUUAG